AUGCGGAAUGACAGCACCGUGUCCGAGCUCAUCGUCCUGGGCCUGUCGAACCGCCCCGAGAUGCAGCCCCUAGUUUUAGCCAUCUUCCUACGCAUCUACCUGGUGGCCGUGAUGGGCAAUGGUCUCAUCGUGGCCGCAGUCUCUCUCAGCGCGGCCCUGCACACACCCAUGUACCUCAUGCUGCUGACCGUUGCAUUGGUCUAUGUCGUGUACACCUCCUCCAUCGUCCCCAAGAUGUUGGAGACCACGCUGGGGCCCCGGAAACCCAUCUCCUCCCACGGCUACAUGGACCAGCUCUUCUUCUUCACCUGGUCUCUGGGGGCCGAGAAGAUGGUCCUCUUCACCACCAUGGCCUACGACCCCUGGGUGGCCUUCUGCUUCCCUCUCCUCUACGCCGCCAUCAUGAGCCGGCGAACGUGCUCUGCCCUCCUCGCUGCCGUCCUCCUCAUCGCCAUCACCAUCGCCUGGGUGCACACGGGCCUUAUCCUCCGGAUCCCUGCCCUGCUGGCCCUCUCCUGCAGCCCCGUCUGGGCCAACGAUGUGACGGUCUUCGUGGCCGACAUCGCCCUGGCCAUGGGGGACUUCCCGCUGACCUGA